GAGGUGCCUCAGAGGGGCUGGAGGGCUGAGUCCCAGGUGGCAAAGCUUUGCAGAAGUGUGUGUGUCUGUGGUACAAAAACCUGGGACCGGAGGAAAGUCUGAUGCUUGGGACUCUUAGGACAAGGGGCAUCACCCCAGCUUCCCCAAACCAUGCUCAGGGACCAUCCUGGGAAAGUACAGAGAUCGGGGGCUGGCCCCAGACAAGCGGGGAAAGAGGGGUGGUCACCUGACUGACAGGGAGGGGAAGCAGACAGUGCCCAGCAAUGUGGGAAGGGAGAGCAGACAGGAGAAAGCUUGGGCAUUCCUGAGGGCCCAUGACCUGCAAUUAGCCACGCAGAUGAGGGGUUUCUGCCCUCCCCCACAGGUGGGGCAGGGCAAGCAGGGAGCCAACUGUCUCCCAGAAGGAGGAAGCAGCCUCAGCUCGGGGAGCCGGGGAGGCAUGAGCAUGCUUGUGCCAGGGAAGGGCAACGAGGGAGCCGCCGGGAGGUGCAGGCGGCCACCAGCUGAAGCGAGCAGCCCACAGGGUGUGAAGGACUAGACGGAGUCAGGUUUUGGUGCCAUGCACACAGGGAGACUUAAAGCCCAGAGAGGAGGUGUGAUUUGCCUAAGGUCACACAGCAAGUUAGAGACUCAGCUCCACCGCUUAGUGUAUUGAGCCUUGGAGAAGCACGGAGCACUUGGUAGCUUCUGGUCACUUUGAUUCCCCCAGCGCCCCUGGAGGCGCGCCUGUCUCCCCAUCCUGCCCGCUCCCGGCUCGGCGGCCCCCCCAUCUACCCCGUGGCUAUGGACAGAAAAAUGGAAGUCCCCGAGGACGGGCCUCCUGUGGUCUCCUGGCUCCCUGAGGAGGGAGAGAAGCUGGACCAGGAAGGCGAGGACCAGGUGAAGGAUCGGGGCCAAUGGACCAACAAGAUGGAGUUUGUGCUGUCAGUGGCCGGGGAGAUCAUUGGGCUGGGCAAUGUCUGGAGGUUUCCCUAUCUCUGCUACAAAAAUGGAGGUGGAGCCUUCUUCAUCCCCUAUUUCAUCUUCUUCUUCACCUGUGGCAUCCCAGUGUUCUUCUUGGAGGUGGCGUUGGGCCAGUACACCAGCCAAGGGAGCGUGACAGCCUGGAGGAAGAUCUGCCCCCUUCUCCAGGGCAUUGGUCUGGCGUCGGUGGUCAUUGAGUCCUACCUGAACAUCUACUACAUCAUCAUCCUCGCCUGGGCUCUCUUCUACCUGUUCAGCUCGUUUACCUCUGAGCUGCCCUGGACAACCUGUACCAAUACCUGGAACACAGAGCAUUGCGUGGACUUUAUGAACCAUUCAGGAGCCCGCACAGUGACCCCGUCUGAGAACUUCACUUCACCUGUCAUGGAAUUCUGGGAGAGACGUGUUUUGGGCAUCACCUCAGGCAUCCAUGACCUGGGGGCCCUGCGUUGGGAGCUGGCCCUGUGCCUCCUGCUUGCCUGGGUCAUCUGCUACUUCUGCAUCUGGAAAGGGGUCAAGUCCACUGGCAAGGUUGUUUAUUUCACAGCCACAUUUCCCUACCUGAUGCUGAUCAUCCUACUGAUCCGAGGCAUCACCCUUCCGGGAGCCUACGAGGGUGUCAUCUAUUACCUGAAGCCAGAUUUGCUUCGCCUCAAGGACCCCCAGGUGUGGAUGGAUGCGGGCACCCAGAUCUUCUUCUCCUUCGCCAUCUGCCAGGGGUGCCUGACAGCCCUGGGCAGCUACAACAAGUACCACAACAACUGCUACAGGGACUGCAUCGCCCUCUGCUUCCUCAACAGCGCCACCAGCUUCGCGGCCGGGUUCGUGGUCUUCUCCAUCCUGGGCUUCAUGGCCCAGGAGCAGGGGAUGCCCAUCUCUGAAGUGGCCGAGUCUGGUCCUGGUCUAGCCUUCAUCGCGUUCCCCAAGGCGGUGACUAUGAUGCCCUUAUCCCAGCUGUGGUCCUGCCUUUUCUUCAUCAUGCUCAUCUUCCUAGGGCUGGACAGCCAGUUUGUCUGUGUGGAGUGCCUGGUGACAGCCUCUGUGGACAUGUUCCCUGGUCAGCUCCGGAAGAGUGGGAGGCGAGAACUUCUCAUUCUCACCAUUGCCAUCGUGUGCUACCUGCUAGGGCUCUUCCUGGUCACGGAGGGCGGGAUGUAUAUCUUCCAGCUGUUUGAUUAUUACGCUUCCAGUGGCAUAUGCCUGCUCUUCUUGGCAGUGUUUGAAGUGAUCUGCAUCAGCUGGGUGUAUGGAGCAGAUCGGUUCUAUGACAACGUUGAAGACAUGAUUGGCUACCGGCCAUGGCCCUUGGUGAAGAUCUCCUGGCUCUUUCUGACCCCUGGACUUUGCCUGGCCACUUUCCUCUUCUCCUUGAGCAAGUACACACCUCUCAAAUACAACAACAUCUAUGUGUACCCUCCUUGGGGCUACUCCAUCGGCUGGUUCUUGGCUCUGUCCUCCAUGGUCUGCGUCCCUCUGUUCAUCAUCAUCACCCUUCUGAAGACCCAGGGUUCCUUCAAGAAGCGCCUGCAACAGCUCACCACCCCCGACCCCAGCCUCCCGCAGCCCAAGCAACACCUGUGUCUGGACCGUGGUACCAGCCAGGACUGUGGGCCUUCUCCAACAAAGGAAGGACUAAUCAUUGGGGAGAAGGAGACCCACUUGUAGGACGUGGCCAGCAGCCAAGUGGCCAUUGAGCCAGGAACCUCUGUCAGGGCCACUACAGCAAACAGCCUUUGCCUCUGUCCCUUACCACAGUCCUGCUGAGCACCUCUGUGAUGUUCAUGGGUGCCCCCGGCCAGAGGCCACGCUGCUCUCUCCUCAGCGAGGACAGCUCCUUCUGGUGGGUUAGAGGCGGUCCCACUGCACCACGCCAUACUGUUGGAACACACCUUCUUAUUUAUAAAGGAGGGUGGUCUUUUUUGAGUCCACCAUCUGAUUCUAACAUAUUACACUGUGUGGAACUCCCACUGUAGGGAUGUUCCUGUAUCUGGGGAUGUUACAGCUUACUAUAUUUGUGCAUUGGGAGGGUAGCACUGAUGGGAAUAUGUAUCAUGCUUUGGCUUGGAGAGCCCAAUGGAACACACCAUGUUGGAAGUGACAACGAACACACUAUUGGAUUCUGACAUUCCAUUAGAGGGGUGCUUCAUUAGGCUUAGUGUUCUGGAGUCAGUCCAUGGGGAAGAAACUAGAGAAACAGCCAAGAGGCAAGCCUUCACAAGCCAUCAUUGUCUUAAGGUGUCCCUAGCUGCAGCCCUAGUUCCACAUGCUUCCUGCAAUGUUGUCCUCAACUCAUGGAGCAUUGGAAUGGAAAGAACUUAGAGAUGAUCCCUAGACUGUGCAAAUGCAUGGUGAGGGUGUCUGUACUUUCCUAUGCCUGCAACAGACAUUGCUGAUUGAAUCUUUCCCACCUCACAGUCCUUUCAAAUACAGUGCUCCAGGUGCUCCA